UUUCUCAGUUUAGUCUUGAUAUUUAUAUACAAUAUAAGACUUAUGAGAAACUCACAUUUUUUGUUAAUGUUGAAAACCCAAAAUAUUGAUCCAAAUCACCUGAUUGAACCAGGUUGUGCACACUGUAAUUUGCGCACGAAGAAAAUUGUCUCCGGAAUGUUUACCAAUCAAACAUCAAUAAAAUGCAACUAGUGUUAGUGUAUAUCGUGUAAACAACGUAAAAUAUACUGCGUAGUUUUUAUGUCCAUGUUUUAUGAACUUAAUAUGGCUAUUAGUGCAUAAUUUGAAGAAAACCAAAACAAAUAUAUUUAUCAUUUUCUACGGAUUAUGUUAGGGUGCUUGCUGAUUCUACUUGUACAUUAACCAUAAACGUCAUUAAAGUAAUAAUUACAUUAAAUUACCGUCUUUGUAUUAAUAUUCUGCUAUCGAGUGAUUUUUAAUGUUCACAAGAAUUAUGAAUUACUUUACAACAAACUCGUUUAUAUCUGUCUACAGUAAUGCAUGGCUUCCACCGUAGACAAUCUUCUAGCACCUAGAGCUAGAAGAUAAUUCAAUCAAUUGUACAUUAAACAUUUUAGUUAAAUUUUUUUUUAUAAUAUUGUACAAUAUAACUUUUAGAAACACCAAUCAAACCUACAUAAUACAGAUAUGAAAUAAGUGGUAAGAUUAUUAAUUUAUAGUGUUUAUGACGGAUGAAAAAUAUAUUUACUACUUACCUAUGUAUGUACGUUUAAUUCAAAACUAUUACAGACUAUUCCUGGUAUGUACGUUUCAAAUACAAUUUUUUCAAUUUUGUUUCAAUUAUUAAUCAUUGUUUUCUUUAUUGAUAGGUACUGUUUAUACUUAUUAAAAUAUGUUUUCAAUAUUUAAGUCUAUUGUAAAUAUUUCUAAUAAAAAAUAUAAGAAUAAAGACAAUAACUUGGCUCAAAAUAAUAUUGAAAUAUUUGACACCACACAGCAAACUGUUAGUGAUUUUAAUAUGUUGUCAAAUAAAAUUGAAGGAAAAUCAAAUGAUAAUUCUAUUGAGCAUGCAGUUACUGGCGAUUCCGAUGUAGAGUCAACAAUAAAUACUUUUCAAAAUUUAUCUGUUGUACCUGAUAUUGGUUUUAAAAAUAGCACUAUUGCUGAAAACCUAAUUGUUGAUAAGAGAAAAUUGCUUGAUCAAAUUAAUUCUUUACAUUGUUUGUUUACUUGGAAUUUGAAUUCUCCAAAUAAACCAAAUUUUAUUAGAUCUAUUCAAAAUAAAUAUGGUGAUCUUAAUUUGGAUAUUUCUAUACCUGAAUUUACAUUUGCAAGGUAAAUAUUUUUGAUUAAUAGUUUCUUUAUCGUAAUUAGUAACAUAAAUUAAUAGUUUUACUAAUUAAUAUUAUGUCCAAUAUAAAUAAUUAAGAUUAAUUAUCUCACCCUAUGUAUAAGAAAAAAAAAUAUCUUAUUUAUCUAAUAAACUUAUUUUUUUUUUCAGUAUUCAAUAAUUAUAAAUAAAAUAUAAUAAUACUCGUUUAGGUAAAAAUUUUAUAUCAUUGUAUUUCUUAUAUGUUUUUUAAUAUUAAAUAAUAAUUUACAAUAGAAAUUAUUUAGUAAAAAACCAAAAAUAGGACAAACAAAAAGUGUUAUGAAUGGAGAUAAUUAUUGGCAGACUUUACCAAAGCUGGGCAUUAACAAGUUAAUGAGUUAAAGUUAAGUUAGCUUAACUAUUUAACUUAUGUUAAAUAAUAUUAAAUAAUAUUUUUUUUUAUUUAACUUAAUCAUUGACUUGAGGAAUACAAAAAAAAUGAACUGUUAAUUAACUUAAGUUUAUUUUAUAUUUAAUUAAGUUAAGUUGAUUUUAAUUUUUAUUUGUAUUCUUAUAUAAGUAAAUAUAUUAUUAUUAUUAUCAAUAUAUUAUGAACAAUUUAAAAUACAAAUUGUUACGUAUGCCCAUUAUCUUUUACUGUUGUCGCCGGUUGGGGGCUAUUGGUGGAUUAUUAGGCUAUUAUAGUAGGUAAUAGACAAUAUGUACAUUUUUUUAAAUUAACUUGGGUUAAAAAGUUAAUUUUAACUUUAGGUUUACUUCCAAUUUAGUUGAUUUGAUAGAUUACUUUGAAUUAACUUUAUUUAAAUUUAAAUUUAACUUAAUUGAGUUGAAAAAAAUCGUUAACUUGCCCAGUUUUGUCUUGUCACUAUUCAUAUCUUCUUACAUAAUAUUAUAUUAUUCACAUUAAUAUAAUAUAAUUAUUAUGUCAAAUUAUAUAGAUUUUCUUUGUCUAUCCAAUAGAAAUUAAAAUAAAAACAUUUACUUCAAUUUACCUUUAUUUUUUUUUUUUUUUUUGUCCUAUACUACCUAUAUUGCUUAACAUUUUAGUAUAGUAGGUUAGAUUAAAAUUAGUUUUAUAAAUAUUUAGAACUUUAGAAGUACACAAAGCACGUUUAAUAAUAUAUUAUUUAAAGAAACAUAGAAUAACCUAUUGCUUUAAUAAAAAUUAACAGUAAUGUUAUUUUUUUUCAAAUAUAAAAAUAAGCCCUUAAAUAUUAAUCUAUUUUUAAUUAAAUUCCUGUUGAAUAAUUUUUAUUCUUAUUUAGAUUUAUUGGAAGUUUAAUCAUUAGUUAUGAAUUAUAUGUAAAUGGUGAUAAGGAUGCAAGUGACAUGAAAAUUUUAGAAAUUGGUAAAUGGCUUGAGCAUUUGGACCAGGGUACUGAUGAGUUUUACUUAUCAAUUAAUAUUGGAUUGAAGCAUAUUAAAAUGGCUAAUUUUAUACAUAUGCAGUUUGCUGCUAAUGAUACCAGAGGAUUUAAACAAGUAACUUUCUAUUUUAUUUUUAAAUAGAAUCAAAUAUUAAUAAACAACCAGAUCUGAGUUUAAAAAAUCCGGGACACAAUAAUAUUAGAACAACACUUGCUGAAAAUAUGUUUUAAUAACUAUUUAUUUAUUGUCGGAUGAGAUAUUAUAGAAUAAUAAUAAUUAUACAUAUUUUUUCUACAGCAGUUAAAUUAUUAUUGAAUUACUUUUAAAACAAUUUUUUACAAUUUAUUUAAAUCUUUAUUUUCAGUUAUUUGAAGAAAUUGUUUUGUUUAAAGACAUGAAUAAUAAAGCAAAAGCUACUAUAUAUGCUAUACAUGCUGUUAUAUUAAUUGAAUAUAAUGAACAUCUUAACUGUUUUAAAAAUGCUUGUGAAUAUGCUAAUGAGGCAUGCAUAUUGGAUCCUGAAAUUUCUGACUGGUUCCAUAUUUAUUUGUUUGUUUUAAUUACUCAAAGACGUUUUAUGCACUCAAGUAAAUGUACAUCAGAUAAAUCGGUUUUACUCACAAACAAGUUAUAUCCAGGUGAUAAUGAAAUAAGGUUGACACUUCAAAAAGCAUUAACAUCUUCAGGUAUAAAAAGUACUCGUUAUGUUAAUUCGCUUGUGUUAGCUGCUCUAAAUCAAUUUUUUGCGACUGAAUUUCAAAUGGAAUCAAAUAAUGUACCUGCUUUAAAAAUACAAAUUGUAAGAUUAUAUUGUAUUUUAUAUAUUUAUGUUUCUGUCCAAAAAUCACGUGUUUGAAUAAAAUUAUCCAAUGUUAAAAUUAUUCUGUUCAAAUUAGAAACUUCAAAAUUACUUAAAGUUAUUUUGCUUAUUUACUUAUUUUAGUUGUUGUAUUUGACUAAUUAUAAGUUAGUACACAUCAGCUGUGUUGUAAAACUAAGAAAAUUAUUAAAAUUGUUUAACAUUUUCAUAUCUGAACAUUGCAUGGUAAAUUAAUUAAUUUAAAUUCAAGUAUUUUCUUUGGUUAAUGUACCAUUUGAAAACAGCUGAUCAAAAAGUCCCCUAUAGGAUCAAACAGUUCUAUUACCUUUUAUUUUAAUCAUUUUUUAUUGAACAUAGACAUUUCUGGAAAUAUUAUAAUAAUAUUAAUAUUCCUAACUCUUAAACAUUCAAACGCAUUAUAAAUAUUCACUACAAGACAACCUAACCGAUCCUAUCCCUCACUUAUGUGUCUUGGGAAUGGCUUGAAUACCUGUAUAAUAGCCCGUUCAAAACUUCUUAGUGGUUAAUAUUUUGAUAAUUUUUCUGUCUAUUUAAAAGAAGAACAUUUUUUUUGUUUUUUAUUUAAUAAAUAUUGGAGUACAAAUUUAACAUUAAUUUAAAUCAUACAUUUUUUAUAUUGUGGAUUAUUUUUCACUGGUCAAAUUAAUAAAGUAAACACGUUUUAGAUUCUGAGCGUAGCUUUAUUUUUUUUAAGUAUAAACUAUUUUUCUACUAUUAAUUUUACUACAAUCAUCAAUUUCAUGGUUGUUUUUGAUGACAAAUAUUCGUCUAGUUGAUAUUUUAUGGGCUUCAUUGUUUUAUUAAACUGACAAAAUGAAUAUAUUGUGUUAUGUUAUGCUUUAUUAUUUUUUGUUAUUUACAAUUAUUUUACAAUUUUUUUUUCAAUUCAGUUCCAAAUAAUCUUAAUUUAGACCUACAAUUUUCAUUGAAUAGUAACAAUCUUUCUUGAUGUGGUUAAAUUUUCAAAACAAAAUAUUGAGUUUUGAACUUAAAUUUAAGUUUUUAUGUUAUUUAUUUUGAUUCAUAAAAUAAAAAUUAUUGAGUUCCUCAAAAAUAUUCGAAUAUUUGAUACUACUUUCACCAUCACGUUUUUUUUUUUUUCAUAAGAUAAAAUCUUUUAAAUCAAAGCACCUUAAAAUAUGUUAACUGAGCUUGGCCCAAUAUCAUUUUUUGUUAGCAAUGAUUUAUCGUUGCAUAUAUAUAUAUAUAUAUAAUAUAGAUAAUUACUCUAUAUAUACUUACUUACCAACUAUAGUUUAAUAGCUUCAUCUGUACCAUUCAGCUCUUUUUAAUGAACCUUUAUUUAAUUAUCCACUUACAACUGAAAUUAUUUCAUAUUUCAUUCAUGAAAUUAUGAAUUUUCAAACUACAGGUAUCCAAGCCAAUUCUUAGUUCUCUUGUUUAAAUAUUUUAUAUUUGUUUUAAUUUUUUAGAAUAAAGAAUCUAUAGAAUCAUAUUUUAAAGAAGAUAUUAAGAUAUUAGUUAAGAAAUAUAAAAAUGGUGAAGAUGUGGCUCCUUAUUUAACUGUUUUAGUUUCAAAAUAUAAGUAUAAUAGAUGGACGAUUUGGGCUCAGAUUUGUUCUUACACCAUGUUGUUCAAUAAUAACUUUAGAGAUGGUGUUGAACAGUUCUUAAGUUUAAUUGAAGAUCGAAAAAUGUCUCCAAGGGAACUCAAGGUAAUUAUUUUUUUAAAUUCUACGUUUUCUUACUUAUUAUAUAGACAUUUGAUAUCCAAUUCUAGUGAAAAUAAGGGAGGGAUGCUAUAAAACAGUUUUAGCUAUAAAUAUUACAACCAGCAGUAUUUUAAGAGGAACUACAGGUUAUCAACUUUUUAAUUUCUUUUUAUAAAAAAAAAAAUGUUUUUACUGUGGUUGAUACUGGUUGAUUUUACUGGUGGAUCGUGGUUACGAUAUUGUGGUUGAUUUAAAUAUUUUUUGACUUUUUAUAACCCCUUAAAGUGUAUUGUUCUUAUCUCUGUUAUAGUUGUGCAUAGAUUCAUAAAUUUAAAUGCACCUUUUAUACCAAUGCCGCCUAAGGAUACUCAUAUGAAUCCUAACGAAAAGUCCAACUUAUAAUGAACCUCCUGGUACAUUUAUGCAUUUCUGUUUGGUUUAAUCAUUUUUGUUGACAAAGUAACUUUCAAAUAAAAUAUAACUCAAAAUUUAAAUGUUUAUAAAUACCUCAAAUGCUUUUUAAAAUUUUACCAUGUUUAGAAAAGACAAAUAUAAGUUGAUUGUUCAAAUUUCAAUUUUCUACAAAUAUUUUUAAUUGAAUUAUUAAAAAAAAAAACAAAUUAAAAUAAUAAAAGCAUUUAUUUUCUUAAGUUUUCUAGUUUUUUCUACGUUUUUUUUUUUUCGAUUUUGCUUGGUUGUUGUAAAAGAAUAUCACAGAUAAUCAAUAAAGGACCCUUAAUCACCAAUUAUAUAAAAAAUGUUUUCAAAAGAAAGAUCUUUUGUUGUUUUUCUAUUGUACCAAUAUUUAUGGUAGAAAACAUAUGCCGAAAUAACAUUAAAAAAAUCCUAGUGUCAUAAAUUUAUCAAUUUCAUACUUUGACAUUUUCGAGUUUUUCUCAAUUAAAGUAAAAUUCAACAAAAUGUUUUUAUAUUAAAAUUAUAAUAAGUUAUUAAAUAACUUGUCAUUGUUUGAUUGAAGUAAAAUUUCUAGGAGAAAACAUAAAUUAAAAAAAAGGUAUGAAUUUACUUUUCGCACAAUGGGUUGACCACUGUUGAAGUUGGGAAGGUAAAAAAAAAUUUAAUAUUUAUCUGUACGCAAUAACUAAACAUUUUAAUGAAAAACGAUUUUAAGCGAAGUUUGGUUAUACACGUUUUGAAAAACCUUAAUAUUUACAAUUUGAAAAUAAUUCAUUUCUAACAUUUUCCCGUUUUUUCUCAUUUAUUAUGAAAACCCUUAGAAAAAUCAAAACAUAGCCUUCCUCAAUUACCAAAUAGAUAUAAUGUUCUAUCAGAAUAGGUGCUAUACAGAUGAAAAUUUCUGGUAGAAAUGUUCAUAGAAAAAAAGAAAGAAGAAAUUAACACCAUUGUAAAACUAAUAUUCACUAUGCUCUAAAUCUAAAUCUAAAAUAGUCAAUUCAAACAAUAAUACUACAAUAAUUAUAAUACUUAUAAUUUCAAAUAAGCUUUGUUUUAUCAAAUAAAGACUUAUAUAAUUUAAAAAUUCUUCAGUUGUCAAUUCAUUAUUGCAUUAUUAAUAAUUUUUGUACAUAAGUAUUGAAAUUUUAUAUUUUUUUUUCUUUAAGGGUUCUAUGUCAUAAAAUGUCAUUUUUACUUUAUCUACUCUCAUUUCCUCGUAUACUUUCGUUAUCUAUAUCAAAUUUUUUUUUAAUACCAAAAAUAUUUGAAGCAACUAUCAUAAAAAAAGUUAACAAAAUUAUUUUCAAAUUUUAUUAGCUAUUCUCAAUAUGCGUUUUUAACUAAGCACUCUAUUUCGACAAAUUUCAUAAUAUAUCAAUCUGAUCUUAUAAAAUUAUUUGGAAAUGGCCGGCAAGGAGAUUUCAUUUUACUUUUACAUAAAUUAAAAAAUCUUUUGGAAUUUGCAGUACAUUUUGGAUUUGGAUUGCAUCAUAUUUACUUCUUAAUUAAUCACCACAUACUUUUAGUAAUAAUGUUAAAGUAUUACUUUUUGCUAAUGAUGCUAAAUUAUAAACUUAAAUUAAUUAGAUUAAUGAUUCACUCAAUUUGCAAUAUAACUUUGGCUACUUUAGAUUCUGAGUGUAGCGAAGAAUGUAUUGGUUUUACUUAGAUGUUUAUUUAUAUUUUUUUUAUACAUAUAUAUAUUGUUUACAAAAAUUCUACCAGAAAUCUUGCUCAUAUAUGUACGCAUCACACCAUUUCUGAAAGGGAAUGUUAUCCAGAUGGUACUACUGAAAAAUGAUUUUUUGAUUUUCCAAGCAGUUUUCAUAAUAUCUGGGAAAAACCAGGAUAAUACGUUAAAAAAAAAAAAAAAAAAAAUAUUUUUGUUAUUUAUUGUAAUUCAGUUGAAUUACGUAGAGACUAUAUGUUUAGACAGAAAAUUUAUAUUUGCCUUUUGAGCUAUUUAUAGUUAUUUUAAUUUUGAGAAUUUUGUACAUAAUUUGUAUUCAGUAAGUACUCUGUGGUAAAAUUGUUAGACUUGACAGAAAUGCUUGAACAUUUAACAGGACCCUCAUUAAGAGUUUUGUUGCUUUGUGGUUAAAAAGAGAAAAUUAUAGUUUAAUGUAGUAUUUAGUUUAAUAAAUAAAUUUUAAUAUCAAAGUUUAUUGAAAAUCGUCGAGUAAAAAAUAAUGUGGAACAAAUUUAAUUUUUUAAUUUUUUUUUUUUUUAACAUAUGUAUAUUUCUAUUUAAGAAUGAUGAUGAAGUCAGAAUUAAGCGGACUGACUUAGUUUCGAAAUUAUAGCUUUUUGAAAUUCUAAUAUUAUGCAGAUAUUAUAUGUUAUAUUAAAAAACUAAAUAUUGUUUCCUCUAAAGUAUGUUUGUCGUAGCUGAAUGGUUGUAAAUGCCUAUUUUCGUUCUAGUGUUUGCGAGUUCAAAUUCGUGAUUCGAAAAAAAAAAUGUAGGGUGUACUAAAAGACUCAAGCCAUUGCUCGCUCGUACUAUUUUAAUCACAAAAUACCACUCGAUUUGUUGUGCAAACGUUUCUACUGAAAAUCUUGCUCCGAUUUAUCAAAUAUAGAGUCUGAAAAAAAAUUUUAUUUCCAUGGUAACUUGUAGAAGUCAUUUUUUUAUUUUUCCGAUAUAUAUGAAAAAUCGUGAAACAGAGUAAAAAAGGGUAAUGUAUAAAAUACAUAAGUAAAAUAUUACAAUUUUUUUUUUUCUGUAGACAACUUUUCUACUAGAAAUUUUGAUCCGAUUUACAAUAAUGGCACUUUUUCUAAAACAAAAUUUGACCGGGGAGGUUAUUUUUCGAUUUUACCAAGAGUUUUCCCAUCAAAUAUGAAAAACCGGGAAAAAACAUGGGAAAAUCGAUACAUUAAAUAAAUAUUGUUAAAAAAAAUUAUAAUAAUACAUAUUUAAUUGUUUUACCAAUAUGAUAUAUAUUGAUAUAUUGUUAACCAAUCAUCACUAUCAACUGAACUGUGCUCAGAAUUGAUUUUUUGGAAGCAAUGAUUUAUCGUUGCUUAUAGAUAUACAUUAAAUUACCUAUAACAGUGGUUGUACCCUUGUCCAUUUUCCUAGGACGUCUUAUUUUAGUUAAAUAUAGAUAAAUGCAAAAUUGUUUCUUUUAAUUGCUGUAAAAAUCCUAUUACUUUUAGAUUUUCGCUGAACCUUAAGUUUUUAUUCCUUAAGUGUUCCCUUAAGUAGUGUUUUUUAAUUAAAUACUUUGGUGCUCAUUUCAGUUCUAAUCUCAUUUAAAUUACAUCGUGAAUUCAUCCUUAACAAAUGUUAAAAAAUCUUUGGUUUCAUCAAAAUAAAUAACAACAUUUAAAUAUAUUACUAUUCUGAAAACACUUUAUUGUUCUUUAUUCAUUAUUCUUUCGAUCAAUUCUUGAAAUUUGGCAAGCAAUUUGAUCCCAAUCAUUAUCUAGUUAUAUAGUUAUAUAAAUGAUAUUGAUAAUGUUUUAGUAUACAUUAAUAUUAUACAAAAAUAAUUCAUCCUAUGACUAAGAUUUUUAGACUCUUUUAUUUUAGUUCAAAAUUUAGUAAAUUUACAUUCUCUUGUUAAGACGUCAAUUGUUAUGUUUUUCUGUGAUUUUCUAAAUUGUAGAAGUUAUAAAAUACAAUGGUGAUUUGUUUGUUUUAGCGUCAUAAAUCACUCUUCAUGAACAAUCCAAAGCCAUUUAAUUUAUCAGAACUUGUUCGUAGUGAAAUCAGUUUUGCUACAAAAAACUCAAGUAGCGCUAUUGAAGAUUUAUUAUUUUUUUUCAAAAUAUUUUUAAAGAUUGAGGAAGUGUAUAUUUCAAAAAUGAAAGUUGAAAUUCCAUUGUUGAAAACUACCAAAAUCAGCAAUACAUCUAUAUCUAAAUGUUCAUCUACAAGUGCUAUGAGUAAAGAUAAAACAAAUUUAUCAAUUGAUGAGAGUGUUUCAUCAAGUAUAUCUACAUGUUCAAAUGCUUCAUAUCAAGAUGAAUUUAAUAAAACAAAUAAUGAGAGUGAUAUUGAUAAAAGUGAAGAUAUAAUAAUUAAACGGAAAAAUAGAACUCGUAAGCGAAAGAAAAAACAUUUGGAAAAUACAACUCCUAGAUUAUUUACCAAUGGAUCCAAACUAGAUCAAAAGAAUGAUACUCCUGAAAAAUAUCUUAACUCAGAAAGUGUUUUAAAAAGUGAAAUUGAAAUGAAAAAUGAAAUGAAAUUAAAUGAAAAGUACUUUAUGGAUUUUUUUAUAUCAAGUAUCAUUCUUUUUGAUAAUGUAUGUUCUAAUAAGUCUUAUCCGGGGUUGGCUGGACAUGUUAGAUCUCUUCAAAUGCAAACAGAAAUGUUUAACUUUCUGCAACAAAAUAAUUUACAAAACAUAACUAUUCAAAAUCACAAUAGAUAUUUUAAUCAAAAUUUUGUGCAUUUUAACUUUUUACAUGCCAAUCAUUUUUCUACGUCAAUACUAUUACCACCAUUAUUAGAUUUAAAAUUGGACUUACUCUUCCAAUCCAAAAUCAAUGCAAAUUUGAAUUCCAUUAAUAUGGGUUCAAUGAAAAUUGAUACAAGUCUAUCAAAACUACCAAGAUUGUCAACUUCUCAGAAUACUUACAAAUUGUCUCUCAAAUGUAUAUUACUAAAUUAUCCUUAUAGUUUUAAAAUAUAUACUGAUGCAUCAAAGAUACAAAAUAAUGUUGGUAUUGCCAUGGUAUCUGAUAAGGAUACAUAUACAUACAAACUAUUACCAGAGUAUACUUCGUGUGAUGCUGAAGCAGUAGCUAUACUAUUGGCUCUUGAUUAUGCACUAGCUCAAAAUUACUUUGACUAUUUAAUUCUUACUGAUUCCUUGAGUAUCUUAACUUGUAUUCAAAAUGAAAAUAUAUCCUCUGAUGUAAUUAAUAGCAUCUUGCACUUGAUUUAUGCAAACCGAUUAAAAGGAAAUAAAAUAAAUUUUAUUUGGGUUCCAAGUCAUAAUUCUAUUGAAGGUAAUGAGAUAGCUGAUAGACUUGCAAGAAUAGUUGCUACGUCACCUAAUGCAAUAACUUAUUCUCAUAAUUCCUUUGUACAAACAAAAUUAAAAUAAACAUAAUUAUGCAAAUUAAAUCAAUUUAAUUAAACCAUAAAGUUUUAGAGUUUUUUUAGAGAAAUUAAUUUUUAAUUAAUGUGUAAUGUAUUCAAUAUGUAUUAAUAAGUAUACAGUUAAGUUAUUAUAUCUUGUUUUCUUUAUAAUCAAACAUAGUUUAUUCAAUAUAUAUAUUAUAAUAUUCACUGAUUAUGUUUUAUGAAACAUAAUAUUAUAGUAUAGAAUAUUUAAUUCUAUUAUUAUUAUUAUAUUAUUGAUAUUAUAUAAAAUUAUACUAGAAAUUUUAAUUAAAUCUAAUUAUUUUUAGUUGAUAAUUAGAAAACUUGAAAGCAAAAUUUGCAUAAAAACAAGUUAAUUAACAUGUUAAUUUAAUAAAAUAGUGCUGUAAUAUUUUUCAUAUUAAAUUAAAUUUGUUAGUUUGGGUAUUGAUCACACAAUAAAUACCUAAUUAGUACUAUUCUAUUACAGCAGACUAGUGCAACACUUAAUCUGUCUAUGUGUAUAGAAUACCAAUAAUUUUACUUUUAUCUAUUAUUUAUUGAAUAUAUCAAUAUUAAAUGAAUAAUAAUUAAUAUAAUCCUUGAUUUUAUAGUAUAUUUAUAUAUAUAUAUAUAUACACAUAUUAAAUAAUAUAAUAUUUAUUUAUAGGUAAUAUAUUGUUAUAUAUUAGAUUUAUUAUAAUUAAACAAAGAUACUUGGAUUUCACUUUAAAUAUAGCUAAACUUCAUUUGGACUUUUUUGUUCAUAAGAUUUUGCUUAAAUUUAACUUGAAAAAUAUUGCAUUACUUUCUAAUUGAAAGGUUGAACAAGUAUUAGUUAUAUCAAUGUGUAGUAUCGUAAUUGAUUUGUUACUUAUUCCUUUAAAAAUUGGUUGAUAUCUCUAACAAUAUAGUUAUAAUAUAAGUUUAUAAAUAGUUUUAACUGUUGUGUUUUAGUUUUAGUUUUAGCAUACUGAUGUUCACUGAUCAACAAAAAUAUUAACUGUACUGUACUGUACUAUUAUGAACUUGAGUAGACACAUAAUAUUUAUUGUUUCUGCUCCCAUACUUCCUAAUUACAAAUUGUUAUUUUAUGUUUGUUAAUUUAUUUAUGUAUGAUGUUAUACUAUUUAAGUUAUUAUUAAGUAGUAAAAGUUGUUUUUUAUUAUUUGUAUACUUGAUUUUAUUUUAUUUAUUAUCUAUAAUAUACCCCCUAAAUAUAGUAUUUUGCUAAAGUUUUAAUAAAAUUAAUUAAUUUCAGUUAUACAAUUAUGUUGUAGAAAUUUAUGUUGUUAUACCAAUAUUACAAUUUUCAGUGCUACGUUUCUAAUUCAGUAUGCAGUCUACACACAUUUUUAACGGUUUUUUAUGCUUAAAAUUGUUUUAAAAAAAAAAAGGUGUGUUUGGACGCUGACAUAGUAUUAUUUAUAUAGUUAUAGUGUUAUAGCUAUUCAAAGUUUGUAGAAGAUUUAUUUAGAAGAAAAUAUUUAAGCUACACUCCGAAUUGUUUUUUGUUUUCAAUGAUUUACCAUUGCAAACUCAAUAUUUAAACGGCAACACCAUAUAUCCACUCAUAUCCUACAAUAAAAAUAAUGCAUCACUUCAAAGGGGGUAAAUUUUUCCCCUUGUAAACAAAAUAACCCUAAAAUAUUUGCAUUUAUUGUUAAUUUUAAUUAGAAAAACGAUUGGGAAUCUACGACAUUUUUUUUCAAAUUAUGUAUUUAAUACUUAACCAUCAGUCAAAAAAUUAAUAUCAAUUAAGGUAUGACUUGAAACAAUUUGAGAAUUUUUACUAACUGAAAGUAAUCCUUUUUCAUUACACUGUAUCAUAAAAAUCCCAAUAUCCUAUUAUUUUAUAUUCCUGUUACAAGUCCAAAGAAUGCAAUUGAACAGACAUUUAUUUUA